AUGUGUUUUCGUAUCGUCAGGUUAAUGCAGAUGGAGGUGAUGUCUCUGGAGGAUGUGUAUUGGGUAGAGGAUAAUGCGGCACGAGCAGCUCUUGGCAAGGAUCUACCACGAUGGACCCAGGCCAGGCAGAUGCUGCCUACCUCAAAGGAAGAUUUAGAAACCCUCAAGGCUGAUUUGUGGAGCGCCGUUGUAAAAAAUAGUCAGCAUCAAGACGCUUGGACAUGGGGGUUAGUGACACUGGCUGCUAUGACACAGCCAGCUCUGGCACCAGAGGCGAAGCAUUCCCUGCUGCAAUAUGUGACUGGAAAAUAUUUGUUACCGAGCAAUUGCCGAGUUCAUUUUGCAUGGGAUGAACCGCAGCUCGUUGGAGGAACUAUGACAUUUGUAGUGAAGUUUUAUCAACGUAAUGGCCAACCGUAUCCAAUUUGUGACAAAGACAAUUUAAUCGUUGAAGUCACAGAAGGUACGCGAAGAGUAGCUACCCUGAUAGAGUUGGGAGGCACCGACCCCUUAGCUGCAAAUAUUGCAGUUGUAAAGUUUACUGUCCGCCAUGCUGGACAAUAUCGAAUAGCCGUACUUAUUGGUUCCUGUCACGUUUACGGCAGUCCGUUUCUUAAAAAUUUUCUUCCUGGUCCACCGGAUCCAAAUAAGACCAUCUUUGUGCGACAAAGUUCGACAGUAGUUUGUACAGCCGGAGUUGCACACUCUAUGACAAUAGAACCUCGAGAUGAAUAUGAUAAUCUGUGCAUAUUUGGACCCGGGGAUAAGCCUACAGAAGGUUACCAAAUUGGUAGUUCGGUAGAUAAGUCAGCCAUUGUGAAUUGUAACAUACAACUUGAGUACGACUCUCCGAAUCAAAGGAUUCGUUUAAAAGUCAGUUUUCCCAAGGGUAACUGUUAUCACGCGACGGUUAGUUUAGGAGGGCUACAGCUACACAACGGUGACUUCGACAUCAUUGUACUCGAGAGUACCGUAGGUGAUGUUGCUAGAAUGGUACACAAUAACGUGGCCUCGAAGGAUCCCAAUAUCUGUUAUGCUGCAAAAUUGUUGGGCAUGCAAGGCGAGAAAUUCUCAAAGCCGAAAAAAGUUGUCUGUUUCAUUUCGCCUAAGCAGCUUACUAUUAAAGAAUACUUAUUAAGAAUUAUUCCGAAAAGGCUUGUUACAUUCAGACUUUGUCCGUCAACUAAAUUCCAUUUUGAUUGUUCGAAUAAUCAAUACGAAGGCUACGAUUCUUUUUCUAUCGAUGAUGGAUGUCAGCCGCCCGUUGAAUUGAUCUCUUUAUAUCGAGAUAUAAUAGCCGCUACAUUUACGUUGUUUCUGUUGAAGAACAUAGGAGGAAGUGAAACUUUUGCCGAUAAACAAGACUUCUUUUAUCACGAAGUACGAAAGCACCAUCAAAAACAUUAUCACGAAAAGCUUUCGAUGAAAGUCCAACGAGACAAAUUGCUAGAAUCGGCGUCGAUUGGGGUGGUGUUCGACGGGAAUGGUUCGAGUUAAUUUGUGCGGCACUGUUCGAUUCAGGAAAUGGUUUGUUUGCUUCCUUCGGAGAAUCACAACAAGCAUUAGUUCAUCCUAACAGUAAACGGCCUUCGCAUCUCAAAUUAAAACAUUACGAGUUUGCUGGAAGAAUCGUGGGAAAAUGCCUAUACGAAUCCGCUCUUGGUGGUUCCUAUCGACAGUUAGUACGUGCAAGAUUUACAAGAUCAUUUCUUGCGCAGAUCAUAGGCCUCAGAGUGCAUUACAAGUAUUUCGAGCAAGAUGAUCCAGACUUAUAUCUAAGCAAGAUAAAGUAUAUUCUAGAAAAUGAUGUUGAAGAGAUGGAACUUUAUUUUGUUGAAGAAGAAUAUGAUAAAGAUGGUCAAUUACUAAAAAUAGCUGAAUUAAUACCUGGAGGCAGUAAGAUUCGUGUAACAAACGAAACGAAAUUGCGUUAUUUGGAUGCGCUUGCGCAACAUAGACUCGCUAGUUCUAUACGAAACGAAGUAGAACAUUUUCUAAGGGGAUUGAACGAACUCAUUCCCGAUAACCUUUUGGGGAUUUUUGACGAGAACGAACUUGAACUAUUAUUAUGUGGAACUGGUGAAUACAGUGUCGCAGAUCUACGUGCCCAUCAUAUAGCUAACGGAAGUUCUCCAGAAUUUCUUCGAGUUCUUGAUUGGUUUUGGACUGCAGUUAGCAACUUCACGCAGGAAGAGAUGGCCCGGUUAUUACAAUUUACUACAGGUUGCUCGCAAUUACCACCUGGUGGAUUUCAACAACUGAGUCCACGAUUUCAAAUAACAGCAGCACCAACUUUUGCUAACUUGCCUACAGCACAUACUUGGUAAUUGAAUGUUCCGAUAUAAUAAAUAAUUUUCAAGUAAUUUCAAGUAAUCAAAUAAUAAUAAUUUUCAAAGAAUAAUAAUUAUUUUAAUAUUGUUGCAGCUUCAAUCAGCUCUGCUUACCGGAUUACGAAUGUUACGAUCACUUUGAGCGAGCUUUAUUAUUAGCGAUUAGUGAAGGUACCGAAGGUUUCGGUAUGAUUUAAAGAGACUAAGGUUAUUAUCAAAGUUAUUUUAUUUGUUGUAUUAUCAACACAUUCCUUACCGGCGAGAUUAGGAAAAAUUAUCCUCAGUAACCGAUGACACUACUUUUAUACAUUAACAGUUGUGCAUAUAACAUACUUAUUUAACAUUCAAACGUUCUAUAACACUUUUUGAGCCGCCUUCUACAACUAUUUUAUCAUAGAAUGACUUCUUCGAUUGCAAUCCAAAAAAUGUCCUUGUCAAUGACGCACAUAAUGCGACAUCGGCUAAUGUGUAGCGAUCUUUCAUGACACGCUACGUCAUCAAUAAGGAAUAUGUUAACAUAGUCAAUUAAGUUUAUUAUAUUUUUUGUAUCAUUAUUACAGUUUUAUUUAAAAAUGUCUAG